UUUUGAAAUUAUUAAUUUAACGAGCAUAAUAGCAAAGUCUGUCGGCAGUCAUCUUGGCACUGGAUAGAAGUUUGUAUCGCGCAUUAAAAGUCAUAAUUUUAUUUGUUUGUGUCUUAAAUAAAGGAGUGACGCAAAAGUCAUGAGGAUCCAAAAUCAAAUUGGGUUUCUGGUGCUUAUAGCGGUAGCGGCUACAGGAGUCAAUGCUGAUAAAUAUCUAGCGGAAAAACCUGAUUUUCUAACUCCCUGCAAGCAAACAGAUCCUGGAUUUAAUCGUUGCUUUGCCAAAAACUUCCAAUCAUCUUUCACCAAUUGGAAUGAUGGCCUACCUGGACUGAAAUCUUUGGGUUCUUUCGAUCCAUUACAUGUGAAAAGCGUUACAAUUGCUGAAGAUGGCAGCGGCCCAGUAUCCAUAAACAUCGGUCUCACGAAUCUAGUGCUUACUGGACUUAAACAUACAACUGUUGAUGAUGCUAGCUUUAAUCCCACCAAACUUAUUACAAAAGUAAAAUUUACCGUUCCAAAAGUUCAAAUUGAUGCGGACUACAAGGUAAAAGGUCGUGUCCUCACUUUACCUUUAGAUGGUAAUGGUAAAGCAAAAAUUGUUAUAGAGAAACUAAAAAUGGAGGUUGCCGUUCGCCUUAAGCUUCGCAAAGAAGAUGGCGCCUUAUUUACGGAUGUGGAAAAAACUCGAUUGGAAAUUCAUGAAGUUGGUGGCUUCCAGCUGAGACUGGACAACCUUUUUAACGGACAAAAGGUUCUAGAAGAAACCGCUACUAGCCUCUUCAACGAUAACUGGAGGGAUCUGUACGAAGUAAUGAAACCUUCUAUAAGUGCCACUGUUCAGACAGUUAUGAACGAUCGCUUUUCAAAAAUUUUCCACUACGUUCCAGUGACUUAUUAUAUCUCAGAUAUAGAAGAAUAGAAAAAAGUCAAUUGCAGGUACAAGUGCAAUCAAAAACUUUCUACAUGUAAAAAAAUUGUUUGUCUGUUGUAAAUAUUUUCGUUAUAUUUAGUUUGUAAGUUACAAAAUGUGAUUGGUAAACUUAUGGCAUUAUUCACAAAACUUAAUAUAGAAAAUUUUUUUUCAAUAUGUGACAGAUUUUCUUUAAAGAACUGCCAAAAAACCUUUUUUAAGGCUUUAUUAGGUUUUGUGAAUAAGGCCAUUAGUGUCUAACCUAAGACUAAGGUUUAAGGUUAAGAGAAAUAAAAAAAUGUAAGCAAUUUUUUUAAUUUCAACAUUUACAAAUAUUUUCAACUUGAAAACAUACAAGCGCGAUAAGUACUUUUGUUAUAAAUUUAUCUAUUAUUUAUGAAGCUUAAUAACAAAAUUUCAAAAAAGAAUUUCAAUAAAAGCAAAAUGUCAAUGAA